AUUUCAAUUCGUUCUAAUUACGCACAAUCGAUUGUUAUGAGUCAAAUGGAAUAACGCAAUUAGUAUAAAAGAUUUCAUAACAAUAACUGAGAAAUUAAGUUUUAUUUAUUUUUGUCCUUUGUAGGGGAGACGGUUUGAUAAAUAUUUCCAAUCGAUUAAUUAUUUAUUGAUCUUAUGGAUUAUGCAUCCCACAUAAUUAAAAGAUUAUUCGAAUCUAUAUGAAAAUCUCCUGCAGUAAUUUCCUUCUUGUCAGUGCGACAUUCCCAAAACGGGAAAAAAUCAUAAAUAAAUAAACAUAAACCAAAGGUCAUCGGCCUUCACAAAGGCCAUGCGUGUUCGCGAACAUAUCAGCAGUGUAAAGGCACAUCUUCAAUGUCCAGUGGAAGCCGUUGACCGUGAGUCGGCCGAGGUCAUUAUCCCGAUGGCAUCUCUCCGAAUGGAUCGAUCUCGCGCAUCGAUUCGAACCCUGACAACGAAAAAUGAGGGCUCACGGGUCCCAAUGUACCUGGGGGUGAACCCCCGACGAUUCACCCGAUUGUCGUUAUGGUAACAAAACCCCGAUCGAAUUCACGGAGUUGUUCGUCCACCUUAGGGUUUACCCUCGUCUCGAGGGGUAGACUGUCAGCAACCGUGGUUAAGAGCACAUUGAGAACAAUCGCACGAGUUGACCGUGUAAUUGCAGUGAUAUUUUCUCUCGCACGUGGAUAGAAUGUACAGUGCAACGGAGAUUUUUCUCAUGAGAAUGUAAUCAACUGCGAGGAAAAUUCUAUUUGGGGUUGUUUUCUUUCAAUGGCCCUUUCCCAUCCGAAUCCCAACGUAAUUCCACCGUGGAGUAAUUAACUAACAUGACGGGACGAGUGUCACUGGUGGAACAAAAGAGACUGCAGUGGGCACAGGAAAGAGAGGAAAUGGCUAGACUGAGUGCUCCCUGGGAAUCAACGAAAAAUUCAACUCACCCUCGCACAACUAUUCGCACAAGACUCUCGUCACGCGAAUCAGGAGUGACCCGUAAGCCACUGCGAGCUAGUGGUCACUACGGCAGUACAACGAGCCUCCGUACAUUGGAGACAGGUUCAACGAGCCUUCAAAGUUUAGAUUUUUCAACUGGUGGGAGUAUGAUCAAUAUUCUGGAGCGCGCCGAAUUACAAGGGCCACUGCGAAAGAGAAGUCCCAGCCUUCCUCCGAUCUACACGAAGGAGCCCCAGCCCCAUCAGCCAGUCUAUUCUACUCAGGAACUUCCAGGCUUAGAGGUGGAGGGUUCACGCUAUGCGAAUUAUCCCCGUCAAAAGCAUCCCCCUGUUGAGUCAGACCGGAAGCCUCAGCAGCGUUGUACAUAUGAGGAACGAGAAGGCGAGACGUCGGGAUACGCGAGUGAUUCGAUUGAACCGCCCCGGGGCUUCCACAUGACUGAUGGCAAGAGAUUACUACCGCUUGAUAAAUCCCUGGUGGAUAACCACGCGUCCGGGAGACUCUGGCCAAAUCCUUACAACGAGACGUCAGACGGCUCAUUGCCGUCGUCGAGGCGCUUUUCAACGACACGUCUCAACGAACUCAAUCGACCGAGAUGGGAGAGCGUCUGGAAUCGGGACAAUCAUCAUUCCGAUCCCCCACCCCCCUCUUGGCUGGAACGGGGCCUUUCACGAAUGGAUCAUUCGAGUCAGAUUCUGGUGAUAAAUCACGAUAGCGCAAGCAGUCCAGACAGCUCAACGACAGGCUCCACAGGGUCUGACUCAAAGACGUACCUCCGAGGUCAGAACAUACCCGUCGAUGCGCACAUACUUCAAGAGCGCGAGGCAAAAAGACAGAAGGCAUUAGAGCUUCAGAAUGCAAUAAAACAGCAGUUGGAGGAGAAGGACAGAAAGCGGAGAGAGGAACGAGAGCAAAAAUUACGUGAGGAGCGCGAAGAAGAGGAGCGAAUAAAACGGGAGAGAAACAAAGAGAACGAGAGAUUCGAGGAGGAGCAGAGACGUCUGAAGGACAAAGAAGAUGCUAAAUUGAAAAAGGAAGUGGCCAUGCGGGAGAUCCUCGAGACUGCUGAGAGAAUAGCCAGAGAGGAGAAGCGUCAGAAACGUCAACGGGACGAUGCCAGUGACGUCGAACGGUUCAAUGCCCCUGAACCUAGAGAAACUAUAAAUACAAAUGAACUUUCAACAUCGAACGAACAAGGAGCGCAAUCCAAGACUGAUGUGGGCAUGGAGAAUGCCCCGAGGGAGUCGAAUAACGAGGAAAAGGCCCCACAGAAGAGUGAGAAAAUUAGGGAGGAGAUUAAUGAGAGUCAUCUUUGUCUGCCAGUCAACAAGGAAGUUGCCAUUGUGCUGACUGGGAGACUAGAGGAUUCAGAUUUCCUGAGUGGUUCCAACCUCCAACUGCUCAAUCUCAUCGUCAAUUCAACCCCACGGGACAGAAAUCACUGUGAAGGGGUUAAUUCGAGCAUUAGUGCUAUCGUGAAGACACUUGGCAGUCCCAAGUUGAAGAAGAAUGAGAUGGGCACCAUGUGCUCACCCAGAUUCAGGGAGAAUAGGCUUUUGACCCCCAGCAAAUACAGGGCACUUUCGGGGAGGGAUUUUGGGACACAGACGGAUGGGGAGAACGAGGGAGAGGGAAAGGAUGGAACCAAGGAGAGGAAAGAAGUUAUUAAUACCAGCAGAAGAGAUAUUGACAAGUCAACCAGUACCGGCUCUACCGACGAUAAAAGCUCCCGAUCGAAGUCACAACCACGAGCUAGUAUUGAUGCCCGACCCCGGUGGAACGCCAAUAGGCCCGGAACACGCUACCGAACCCAGAGCGAGAAGGACCCCCAUUAUCAGAGACGAUUGAGGUUGAGGAGGCGUCGCGUUGAGUCGAGUGACGAACGUUCGAGAUCGCCCUCCCCAAAUCGUCGAAAGUCCACGAACCAAAAAUCAAAGCCACGCAAUUCCUCCAGAAGAAAAGUGAAACUGGAGCAUUACGAUGCUGAUCUGUCAAUGGAUAGUUUGAACUCAGUUGUACCCCUCCGAGUAAAUGAGCAUGGAAGACUCCAAUUAGAAGAUGAUAAAAUAGUGACGAGUGGUGGUGAGUCUCGACAUGAAGACGACAAAAUGGAAUCAACGGAAAAAUUUGAUAUGUGGUGCGGUGAACAGAUACUCUCUCAACUGACUGCUCUCAGAAAUGGACUGUUAUUCAAGCAACAGGAGUGGGACACGGAACGAUGUUUAGUAUCUCCGAAUACUGACUAUUAUUAACCAACGGGGUGUUGUUAGAAAGAUUUUUCCGAUAACUUGACAUUCUUUUAACUGAAUAAUUCCC